AAAGCCGCCACUGUCCGGGCAGAAACAUCCUGUUGGCUGGACAAGAAGACUUCCGCCGAUUAUCGAUCACUGGACGAUUACAUCACCCAAAGCUACAACAGCCUGCGCAUUUAACAUGGCAACUCCCAAGUUCAACUCGAAAUCGCCGACUAUACGGCGCAUAUUGCGCGAAGCCCAGGAACUCUCCAGCUCCCCAUCACCAGAUUAUACGGCUACUCCACUAGAGUCAGAUCUAUUCGAAUGGCACUUCACAUUCCGCGGGCCACCCAACUCCUCCUAUAGCGAAGGCAUCUACCAUGGCCGUAUCGUGUUGCCGCCUACAUAUCCUCUUCGCCCGCCGAGUUUCCGCUUCCUUACACCCAGCGGCCGUUUCGAAACCAACCGGGAGAUUUGUCUAAGUAUCAGCGGCCACCAUGAAGAGACGUGGCAACCUGCAUGGGGCGUGAGAACGGCACUCGUCGCGUUGCGUAGCUUCAUGGAGACGGACCCUCGAGGUCAGCUGGGCGGUCUCGAAACGAGCGAUGCCGUGCGGAAGCGUCACGCAAUGGCAUCACACACAUUCAAAUGCCCAACCUGCGCAAAGUCAAAUAUCGAAAUCAUCCAGGAAUGCGAAGAGUCGGCAAAGGCCAACUCCGACUCGCCAGAUUCAGCGACUGAAGUCGAGAUACCCUCCGAGUUGAAGCUUGGAUACAAGGAUGAGAUGGCCGAGUCUAAGGGCUCAAAAGGAGAAUCUACAGCAGCAGUGACGCCGGUGCCUCCGACACCAAGAACCGAACCAGUGGAUACAGAGAGUGCCGAGCUGGCCGAGGGCUUUGUUCGUACGGCACCUGAGACAGUCGCGGCGGCCCCGAGUUCGGCGACAACAUCACAAUCACCAGCGACGGCGGCAUCUUACCCUCCUGCGCGUCCAGGUCAAGGUAUUAUCGCCCCUACACGGACAGUAUCGCUGCCUCCGGCCCCGAAUCUUAGUGUGCGCCCCCAAGUCCCUCCUACCACCCGUGCGUAUGAUGAAGGCGUGCCGCUCUGGGUUGAUCGAGCCAUUGUCGUUCUUGUUGUGCUUUUGCUGGCCAUGAUCCUCAAGGUUUUGCUUGACUUUUAGUCAUGAUGUCCCUACAAUUUGCUUUUGGGGAUACAGCUCCCGUCACCCUGGAUGAACGCUGGAACGCGAGGAAUUAUUUGCUUCACGGUUGCUGGCGUACGGUCAAGGUUGUUUAGACAUUGUUACUUGCCCCAUGUCCAUGAUAUUUCACAUCCGGAU